UAGAUUGCCGUGAGUAUCUCGCCUAGAAAGUAAAUUUUUCGCUUCGUGUAAGCGUUUUGCAGACUUUUUAUGAGCAUGAGAAAACGUGCCCUGGAGUUCCAUUGUGCGGCUCGAAACGUGCGAUUGCGUUGUUUAAUAAACGUGCUAGUCCGCCAUUAUUACUAGUACCGCUGCCUUCACGUAGACUCGGUAUGUACACAGGUUCUUCCGGUAUCUCGGAUUUCUGAGAGCUUCGACAGUGCUUGUGCGACUUCAGAGCUUCCAAAGUGAGAAUAACAGUGUCACCAGGCGUCUUCGAGGUGUUGCUCGACAAAUCUGGGAACAAUUGAGACAACAUUAAAAAAAAAGCCCGCGAUCGACUCGUGACGUGGGUUCCUCAUUUGAGCACACGUCGAAUGUAUAAAUGUUAAUUCGAGGAUACGUAAACGUUAAUCCGAGGAUACGCAAAUAUACGAUAAUCGCUGGCUUCAUUUAGGGACUAUGUGUCGCGUAUAAAUGUUAAUUCGAGGAUACGUGAAUAUUAAUUCGAGUAUACGUGAAUAUUAUUCGAGGAUACGUAAACAUUAAUUCGAGGAUACGCAAAUAUACGAUAAUCGGUGGCUUCGUUUAGGGACUUUGUGUCGCACAGAAAGAGUAUUUAUUUUAUUAAGAGGAAAUUUCACCGCCAGUCAUUUUUGCAAUACCUGUAACAAUUAUUUUAUACAAUGUUUAGCAUGUGGGUGCUGUUUUUACCAAUUGUGUUAGCGAUAGCAUCUGCCAUAUUCCUGUUGUUUAAAAUACUCGAGGUAGGAGGACGCCUUUGCGGCGUUCAGGUCUCCAAAUGCGAUUAGCAUGCAAAUUUGCCGGUGCGUUGUUUAUUCCGAGGGGCUAUUAGCAAAUCAGGGGACAACUGAGACAACAUUUGAGAGAAAAUCGCAAUCGGGACGAUUUAUAUCGUGGAUUCUUCAACGACGCAGGUGUAAAAACGGACCCCUGAAGGAGAAUGACACGGUCGACAAACGGACCAAGAUCGUCCUCGAGGCUCGCAGGACUCCCAAGAGCGGCCCGUCUUCGGAAUCUAGGAAAAAGUUCUCCCCGAAAAUGGUCAACGAGAUCCCCUCCUACCCGUUCACAGUCGAAAAACCACGACAAUCCAAGACAGAACAUGCAGAUAUUGAAGAGGCCAUCGAACUCUGUGGAUAUGGAAGGUUUCAUUACGGAUUCUUAUUACUCUGCGGUAUGAUCUUCCUCUGUGCGGGUUGUCAAAAUGGAGUAAAUGCAUAUAUACUUCCAUCAGCAGAAUGUGAUCUCAAAAUGACGUCCGAACAGAAGGGUCUCCUCAUCGUGGCCUUUUUAGUUGGUGGUGUCUUAAGUGCAAUUGUAUGGGGGGUCCUGGGGGAUGCAUAUGGACGGAAAAACAUCCUAGUGGGGACAUUGUUGGCUGACAGUGCAGUCAAUUUAGUAGCUAGUUUUUCACAAAGCUUUAAAGUGCUCCUCAUCUUCAGGGUCAUCAGUGGAUUCACGAUUGGAUGUCCCGGCUCCUUAACUUACACAUACGUCGGCGAAUUCCACGCAAAAAAUCAAAGGGCGAAAAGCAUCUGCUACGUUGGAUUCUUCUGGACACUUUCGUGGCUGAUUCUGCCUGGUCUGGCGUGGCUGGUGAUACCACUGCCGUUUUCAGUAGAGUUCAAUGGAAUCCUUUACAAUUCCUGGAGACUUUUUUUGGCCAUCCUAGCUCUGCCUACAUUUUUGGUGGCUUUGAUCGCCAUGACGUAUCCAGAAAGUCCGAAAUUCUUGGUGUCUCAGGGAAGGACAAAGGAAGCCCUUCAUGUCUUGAAAGACAUGUACGCCCGUAACACUGGUCGUAAUAGACACGAAUACCCGGUGAAGGUUCUUCUCUCGGACACUUAUGCCAACCCAAAGAAGCAUGGAAUUAAUGACUCCGAAUCAGGAGUCAUUACUGAAUUGCUAAAAAGUAUCUGGCAUCAGAUUCGCUCUCUUGCCUCGCCUCCUCUUGCCUGCUAUGCUCUAUUGUGCUGUACUAUAUAUUUUGCGAACAUGUUUGGAUAUUAUGGUCUCGGAUUGUGGCUGCCAGAACUGUUCAACAGGUUCGAAGUGUUCUACAAAAAUCAUCCUAAUGUAUCGGCAUCGGUGUGCGAGGUUAUGUCAGAUCAGGACCAUGAUCUGUCUUCGACAAAUAGUUUGUCCCAGCAGAAAGUCUGUACCGGAAACAUUGAUGAAAGAGUUUUCCUCAAUUCUGUCACCAUCAACGCAGUUUGCCUUCUUGCAAACGUGAUUUCUGGCUUUUUGUCCAAUCGCGUUGGUCGUCGUACCAUGCCAAUUUGGAGCAUGCUGUUGGCCGGAUGCUUCGCUUUCUGUAUCUACUUUGUCAGAAGCUUUUGGCAAAAUCUGAUCAUCGCCUGCUUAUUCUCUUUGGCGAUAACCACAGCCAAUAUCGUCCUUAACAGCGUCGUCGUCGAUAUAUUUCCCACACACGUCGGUGGAGUUGCAAUAUGUCUUACAACAUGUUUAGGAAGAUUAGGAGCUAUCGCCAGCAAUUUGGUCUUCGGCAUGCUGCUCGAUGUAAGCUGUGAGGUUCCCAUUUUCCUGAUCGCUGGUAUCCUCAUCUUCGGAGGAGUUCUGAGCUUCUUAAUCCCUCAAGAGUCGCGAAAAGAGGUGCCAACGAUUGUCAAGGAAACCAUCACCGAGGAAAAUCCAUCGUAGCAGAAACAUCAGAGUGCCUGGAUGUGAAAUAGCCCACGUAGUGGCUGUCAUUGUCGACCAUUGACAGAGACUUCCUGAUGACGUCAAGCUGGUGGCCGAGAUGGCAACGUUGAGCUAGAAGCUCACAAAACACGAAAAAAAGCAUGUGCUAUCUAAAAGAUACUCAAGAUGUGCCUCUUCUAGGAAUUAAGAGUCGCGAUUUGUAAAUAGGCACCGCCUCUAGGCGCAGUUCACGAUUUACGUAAAUUUACAUCAUGAGCUAUCAUCAUCACACCGAAGAAGACCCCAUCAGUCAAUUAAUGUGUUUGGUUAAUGAUAGAGGGCAGUAUCGCGAUUUCUUACCGCUAGUCAGACCAAGUUGUCGAAAUCGAAGUUCCCUUGGCUCAAAUAAAUGCUGUUCAGUAGCGUUAACUCGCAGCUCUUUAUUUAUUUAUUAGUAUUACCUGAAUUAUUCACAGCACAUAAUGUUUAUUUGAGUCGAGAGAACCCAAGUGAAUUUUAUUUAGCUAGGAUAAAUCGCGGAGUCCUGUCUUCUAUCGUUCCAAAUGAGAAGAAGAUUCUACGUUUGGCUUAAUCAAGUUGGAAUGGAACUGAAAAUCGCGUACGACUAUUAAAUAGGAAUUCGAGAAGCAACUAUUUUAGCUAUAUUAUCCGCCCACAUAGUGUUUUACUGAAGAAUAAUAUAAUAUGCGUCAAGUUGCGUGGCAAAAUACCGCGCAAGUCACGGAGUGUAUCGCAAGUGAUACCGCGAAAUUGUACAAUAAUAUUUACACUGUCCUAGCGUCUAUUUAAUAUAAAACUUCCAAGAACGUAAA